UAGUUUUAUCUGGCCGUCGGAUUUACUUUGAUCCAGCGGUCUAGGUGAGUUAGGGUUCUUGAGUUCGCGCUUCUUUCUUUUGGCGCUCCCACGCAUUUUGGGGGCAAUGGGGAUCAAGGGAUUGACGAAGCUCUUGGCGGACAACGCGCCCGGCGCCAUGAAGGAGCAGAAGUUUGAGAGCUACUUUGGGCGGAAAAUCGCUGUGGAUGCGAGUAUGAGUAUAUAUCAGUUCUUGAUUGUUGUGGGACGAACUGGCACUGAAAUGCUCACGAAUGAGGCUGGAGAAAUUACAAGUCAUUUGCAGGGAAUGUUUACUCGGACAGUUCGCUUGCUGGAGUCCGGGAUGAAGCCUGUGUAUGUCUUUGAUGGAAAACCUCCGGAGCUGAAGAAAGCUGAGCUUGUGAAAAGAGGUGCGAGGCGUGAAGAGGCCACUGAAGGGCUUACGGAAGCGAUCGAGAAAGGUGAAGUCGCGGACAUAGAGAAGUAUAGCAAGAGAACAGUAAAGGUCACAAAGCAACACAAUGAAGACUGUCAAAAGUUGCUACGGCUCAUGGGAAUUCCGGUCAUCGAGGCUCCCUGCGAGGCAGAAGCUGAAUGUGCGGCCUUGUGCAAAGCUGACAAGGUUUAUGCCGUGGCUUCUGAAGACAUGGAUUCCCUUACCUUUGGAAGUCCGAGAUUCUUACGGCACCUCAUGGAGCCAGCUUCUCGUAAAAUACCAGUUAUGGAGUUCCAGAUAUCUACGGCUCUUCAAGAGCUAAACCUUUCCAUGGAUCAGUUUAUUGAUCUUUGCAUUCUUUGCGGGUGUGACUACUGCGACACGAUUCGCGGAAUUGGACCACAGACAGCUUUGAAACUUAUUAGACAGCACAGUACUUUAGAAGCAGUAUUGGAGAACUUGAACAAGGACAGAUACCAAAUUCCAGAAUCUUGGCCUUACCAAGAAGCCCGGCGGCUCUUUAAAGAGCCCAUCGUGCUGCCAGAUGAAGAGCUUCCGGAGCUCAAAUGGAAUGCACCCGAUGAGGAGGGAUUGAAAAAGUUUCUGGUAGAAGAGAAUGGAUUCAAUAUCGAUCGCGUGACAAAGGCAAUCGAGAGGAUCAAGAGCGCCAAGAACAAGUCCUCCCAGGGAAGGAUGGAGUCAUUUUUCAAGCCCGUUGCGUCGUCCUCGCCAGCAGCCGCUGCUACAAAGAGAAAGGAGACACCCGAGACGACGAAAGGGAGCUCUGCGAAGAAAUCAAAAGCCACGACCAAGGGCAGGAAGAAAUGAUCACUUAUAGCUCCAUUCCAUGGAAGAAAUGACCACUCAGUUCCAUCACUAGAACAGCGAGGCAAGAACAAAGUUUCCAUCGCUAGAGCAGGGAUGGAGGCGAGGAAAGGAAAGGACCACUUAAUGCUCCAUUGCUAGAGAUUGAUCCAAUCCCAUCGAAUUAACAAGGAAUCACCCAAGAACUCUGUUUUCUAUCAAA